UCCCUCAUCGUCGCCUUUGCCUGGCCAAUAUCCUUGUUUUAUCGCUAUGCUUCGCUGUUCGAGCUCGAUAGCUUGCUGGUGCCCUUGUACAGACUUCCCCAACCUACUGAAGCAAUCACCGACCCCAUGAUGAUCACCAUAUCGCCAUCCUCGCUUUUCGGCGGAGUACUCAGGAGAUGUAAAUGAGGUCGCUUGGUCGGAUUUGGAGGUAGCCAGUGCGCGGUGUGUGCAACAGUCCCCGUAUUCACGACUAGAUCAUCACGGAAGAUGUAGUGACGAAGAUCGUCGUCUCCAGCGCCGCCGGCAUCGCGAUCUGGCUCAACACGUAUGUCGCCACUCGAACGACUUUUUGUAAGCACGCAACGCUGUCUGCGUCCGGGUCCGUGUGGGUGGCCAGGGCGCCACAUGGUUAUUUCUCCUCUGGCAUACAGGCAGCGAGCCCGAUGCUGCUGACAGCACUGUGGGCUUGGAUUGCAUGCCCAGUCAUAAUCCUCCUAAGUUUUGUGGGGAGACUCAGCCACGCCAUUGUCGACGCGAACGCUAUGUAGGAGCAUUCCCCGCUCCAUUAGCUGGCUAUCACGACAUCUCGUACCGUCAUUGUUGUCGCCCACUUCGCUUUUACUGCAGUCUACUUCUGCAAGCUUGGUCUCCUCAUUUCCGAACCCAACAUCAGCUUAGACGCGUCUUUAUUCCCUACGUCAGCCCGACUACCCGUAGCGGCUCCCGUCACACAAAACGGUGCCGCCAUUUCCAAGCAAACUAUGCUAACGUCUACACUCGCUAGCCUCGCUGCCCCCGCCCUUCGCGCAUUUAGCAGGAGAAGUUCUGCAGAAGCACCAGUGCAAUGCUGACAGUGAUGCUAAGGCUGUGUUCUCUACAUUUAGGGCCGCGACAACACUGGCUAGUCUCCUCGCACAUCAGCCUCUCCUUACAGCCUGAUUCAGUGCUUGUGCCUCUGACCAUGGCUUACAAUACCUGCUACUUCCCCGCAAUUUUGUGUAGUUUACUUAGCAAACGGACGUCGAGCUGCCGAGAAGACGUCCACUCCCUGCGAAGCGUCACCAAGCUCGAAUUGAAUAUCCCGAGUGCCGCAUUGUUCGCGCCUUUCGCAUCUCAACGAGGCCGUUCCUUGCCUAGACUAUGCUCUGGCUCUUUGCUAGCCCAUCGCGUCCCAUCGCCAUCAGGAGAUUUCUAUGCGAACACGGCCCCUGCUUUCAUCCGACGCCGGCACUGGUUGAUACUGUACUAUCUCACAGCCCUUCCAUACGCAUGGAGACUUCCUUCCUCAUACGCUGCACCUGCUUUGAAUUAGGUGCUGUCACCUGUCAAGCAUUCGUCCACGAUAGCUCGAUGAACUAGACCAUCCGCUCAGGCGGAGUCAGCCCAACCCCUGGGUCUCAGCACUUCACGGUGCGCCUACCUGUGGACAUUUGCGGCUUUUUGAAGAAUACGAGGAGAAAUGGGUUGACGGCACGCUAUCGCAGGCAGAACAUGUGUCAAGGUGUGUCGACCCAACGGUCGAUCCUGGUGUCGGUAAGCGUGGAUCAGCACCAUUCAAGCCAUGUUCCUCCCGGCCGUUCUCGAUACGUGCUCGUGCUGGGUUUUACGGCUCUUACUUACCCCUUCCUCGUAAUAUUCUCGUUAUAUUCGUACGCCAUUGACAUGAUGUCGCUGCAGGCCUCGGCUACCUGAUGUACCGUGGCAUAUCCUCCCGCUCCUGGGUAGCCGCAUCUCCCGUCCCGUCGAGGAUCUAAGAUUAUCCCAUGAUGUUCGAAAGAGAAGUGGUCGAUCCGUAUAACUGAAGAUCGCCUAAACGCCGGUUGGCAUCAAUAAACAUGAAGUAUCAUGAACGUGGGGUCCGCAGCCUUAUAAUACCUGUGUCUGGGCGCAUUUAUCGGACUGUCACACACGCCGUCAAAUGCGACACAGCCUGUGGCGCCAGUGCACCGACUCUGCCGGCAUCCAAGGACGAGUACACGGAGGCUGCACCGGACCAGCGGUGGAGGCUGUACCAAGUAUUGGUAUGGUGGCAGAGCAAGGGGUUUACGCGGAUGAGCAAGUGCUGUGGCCCUGAAGACGUUCCAUGCUGCCCCGCCUACGGGUUUUGUGGCGACCUCCGUGGAGGCGAGCACAUCACUGCCUCUCUCCGAACUCCACGCCCGCCAUGCAUUUUUGUGCAACUCGGGAAGCGUGUAAAACGCUACUUACCAGGGUCCAGGGGAGCGUGUUUGCUUCAUCAGCAUCCUGCGUCACAGGUUCGUCACGCCAUCCCAAAUUUUGGUACAAACAGUGCAUUCCUUGUUACCAUGCUUUGAGAAUAAGUCCGCCGUGACACUUGAAGAACGCGCCUCUACUCGGCUCUACCGAACGCUGGGAGCUCGUGCGUAGCUAUGGCUCCUCCGUUGCACGCGCCGCAGGUGCGUGAAAGAACACCCCAGCUUCGAGCCUAUAUAGACUCACCAGCUGCGUACCCUCGCCUUGACACCACACCAUAUACUUUCAGCCGCAAGGACUACCACUAAUCUACUUCUUCCUCAUUGUUACAAAAAUACACGUAUGAUGACUAGGCGCUCCAUCCCCGACACUCUUUACCAAUUUAUUGGGUCGCCGAUGUUAAUCUUCAUCUCGUUCAUCUAUCGCUAUUUGCUGCUCCUUCACAUCGCCUCUAUCUCCUACUUCAAAUGUUUGCCAGAGACACCCAACAAAACGACCCCAGAAGCUCAGCUCAAGCUCGUCCCUUCGUGUGUGGUCAAGCUCUGGACGGUGUCUGAUGUAUUGUGCAAGGGUAUCUUGGCACUGUCGUUCAUUUCUCAUCCACUUCAUAACUCGAAUGUUGCGACGUCAGCGGCGUUGGCUGUUACCUGCGCCUGUUGUCUGAUGUCGAUUUGUCUCACAAGGUUCAUGACAUGGCAUGUUUCUAUCGCUUCGACAUGGCCGAACGCUGUUCAAAAUUGGGCUACUUUAUGCUCCCACCGCUCUGGCUCACGUUUCUCAUCCACCCCCAUGCUUCUCGCAGCUCCGGUGGCGUGGACAGUAUGGGCUUCCAUAUCGGCCACAACACUAUUCUUCAUGGUUAUGUACAACGGCUCUAUCGCUGUUACCCUUGAGCGAUAUGUCGAAUUCGUGCAUAACAUGAAAGCCAUCAUCAGCGGCUCCCGCUCCUCGGGUGCACCCACGUCGCCGCAUACGGAUGAAUAUCAGGCAUCUCUACUCGUCGCGUUGACCGUCGGCUCAGUAGUGGUGGCUGGAAUCAUGCAUACAAGCCUCAUCAUAACGCGUUUCUCUCAGCUUGGACGCCCGUUAUCUGGCGAGGACCGGCAGGAGCAAGAAUGCUACUACACCGCUCCAUCGACCCCUACGUCUCCAUGAAAAUCGUCCUUGUGGUCUAAUGUUCUCAUUAUAUGACUGCGCAUCUCCCUCACGCUCCUUUCGUUCCUAUGUUCACUGCUUUUGGUUGUUCGCACUUUCUUCCAUGCUGACUCAGCUUCACUCGUUCUUAUUUAUCCUUAUUAUUGCACUUAUGCGGUCGACACUCUCUAUCUGCGCACUGUACCACUUCC